AUGGACAGCCUGACCCAGAGCUUUGUCGGUUUUCCCUCUGAACCGAGCCGGCUGCGCAAAGCCAAGCCCUGGCGGCUUUGGUGGUCCGAGAAGAGGCGCAAGGAUGAGCGCCUGCUACAGGCUGCUGCCGAAGGCAACAGCAGGAUCAUCCUCGAGCUGAUCCAUCCGAACGAUGGAGGGCCCCCAGCUGGUGUACAUUCUUAUUGCAAGUCAGGUGCCUCCUCGGGCAGGGGCCCUUUGCACUUGGCCGUGGCUUCAGGGGUGGUUGAAGCAGUCGAGCUCCUGCUUGGGCAGGGUGCUGAUGUGAACUUCUGCAGCCGGAAGACCCGCUUGACUCCUUUGCAUGUGGCCUCAGCCUACGGAAGUUCCGAGAUGGUCGAUCUACUUCUUGAGGCAAGGGCAGACACGCUUUCUAAGACAGACGACCUUCAGUUGGCUUUGCACUAUGCCGCCGCGAAUGGUCAUGCCGAGGUUGUGAAGAUGCUGCUUCAGCACGAGGGUACAAGCCAGCUGUGUGUGCGCAAUGCAUCGGGUCAGAGACCAAUCGAUUCCGCUUCCGACCUGCACACUGUUUGUGUCUUCCGGGAGUUUGAAGCGCGCCGUGGACAUGAAACGAUGGGCAGCAGACGUAACAGUGCCUCCAGUGAAGCAAGCACUGCAACUGGAAGCAGCUACGACGGGCAGUGCACAGGUGGCAGCGACAUUUCUGUCGCGGUGCAUCUCCUGCCCUGUCAGACGCGGCCUUGCUUGGUGGGUGACUGCCAGGACUCCCAGGAUGGCUAUGCCGACCGCACACCUCUCGCGAGUGGCUUCCUCUUGCGGAAUGCCCGCACCGAUGCAGUGCACCGCCUGAUGCAUCGGACCCGACAGCUCGACGAGGCCUUGUCGGAGGAGCGAGAGCGACCGGACGGGAGGACCCUGAGCGCGAAGUCCUUCAAGGCAGCUUCGCCAAAAGACUCACCCGGGCGAUCCCCUUCAGCCAGCAGUGGAACGAGCACUCCAAAGAUACGCACACCCUUUGCACGCAUGCGGCAGGGCAGCUCCAGAGUGGAGAAGGUUGGGCCCAACUCUUUCGAGCUCGUCAACCUGCUCGGUCGUGGAUCAUUUGGGGAAGUUUUCCAGGUCAAGCACAAGCGCACAGGAAAAGCUUACGCCAUGAAGGUACUGCAGAAAAGUCGCAUAAUGAGCAGCAACCUCCUCCGUUACGCAGUGACGGAGCGGAACAUUCUCGCCUACAUUCGCCACCCGUACAUCGUUUCACUGCAUUACGCUUUCCAAACACCUAGCCACCUCGUGCUGGUGCUGCAGUACUGUCCCCGAGGGAACCUGCAGCACUUAAUCACACGCGAAAAGCGGCUAUGCGAAGAUUUGUCCAGGGUCUACACAGCCGAAAUUCUUCUUGCCUUGAUUCACUUGCACGAAAGGCACACCGUUUUCCGCGACCUCAAGCCGGACAAUGUGGUCAUCGACGAGGCGCACCACGCCUUACUCACUGACUUCGGGCUCUCUAAGGAGGGGGUCGGCCAACGCGGCACGAAGUCGUUUUGCGGCUCCGUCGCUUUUCUGGCUCCAGAGAUUCUCCUUCGGAAAGGCCACAACCACACUGUGGACAUUUACAACUUGGGUGUGCUGCUGUACGACAUGUUGACGGGCUUGCCGCCGUUUUAUCACCACGACCGAGAAACGUUGUUUGCAAACAUCAAGCACGCUCGUUUGGAGGUGCCGCUCUAUGUGUCGCGCAUUGCCCGCUCGUUCAUUGAGGCAACCAUGGAGCGAGAGCCUGCCAAGCGAAUCGGUGGACAUCACACAAGUGACGUGAAGGGCCACGUGUUCUUUGCCGAUGUCGACUUUGCCCAGCUGAUGCGCCGGGAGGUGCCACCGCCGGAGGCGCAUCCAUCGGACGAACCCUCGCUUUCCUGGAACAGGCACGGCCCCUUGGGCCUGGCUGGACGAGCUCCGGAAAGUCCCUUCGCCAGAGCGGACCGUGGCUGGCGUGGAAGGUAUACACGGGGGCAGAACAGCAGCUCAGAGCGUGGAGUGAGCGGCUGGGACUUCUCCUUUGUGCCGCCGACCCGCUCCUCCGGGUCCUGCUCUGGGCAGCAGUCUGCCGUCAGCGGUCAAAACGAGGACUCAGACUGCAGCACGAGUACGUACAGGCGAGGCAUCAUGGUCCAUCGAAGACCAUCCUCGCAGUCAUCACACUCCCAAGAUGUGUAA